ACCGGAUCCGAUUUCCGCCAUUUUUACCGACUGCUUUACCUAAAUCGCGCGACUUCUAUAUAUUUAGAACUAAGAAGUUUUGUUUAAGAAGGAAAAUAUUUCAGAAAAUAUUACUCCUGAAAAAUGUCGGUUGGUGUUCCAAUAAAAAUAUUGCAUGAAGCCGAAGGACACAUUGUUACUUGUGAAACUGCUACCGGCGAUGUUUACCGUGGAAAGUUAGUGGAGGCAGAAGACAAUAUGAACAGCCAAAUGGCCAACGUAACGGUAACCUACAGAGAUGGACGAGUUGCCCAACUGGAACACGUCUUCAUUCGAGGAUCUAAAAUCCGAUUUAUGAUACUUCCCGACAUGUUGAAGAAUGCACCUAUGUUCAAGAAAGUUCAGGGCAGAGGGUCCACUAUCGGGCGUGGAAAAUCGGGAAUUCUCAGAGCUCAAGCCGCUCGUGGUCGCGGAACGGCCGGUCGAGGUGUCCCAGGACGAGGCGGUCCAGGAAGAGGAGCAACCGGUCGUGGUUUCCGUUAA